GCUGCCUGGUUUAGGGGGCGUCUCUGGGUUUGGGGUGUCGCCGGGCUUGGGGCAUGCCGCCAGCUUCGGGGGUGCUGCCAGCAGUGGGCUGUGCCUGUGUUUAGGGUCAGUUCCUGGAUUUGGGCAAUGCUGCCUGGUAUUUCUGGUUUGGGGCUGCAGCCAGGUUGGGGGUGCCACAGAGACCCGCACUUGCCAUUAGUGCAGAGCAGUUUUCCAAGCAGCAUGGGGGCCUCUGCCGCCCGGCUGUCUCCCUGCCGGCUUCAUCCCCGCUGCCCUGGCGAGAGCGGGAGGGCUCAGUCGGCAGCUGCUGGACAAAGCUGUUUGCUGGCUCAGCUUCUUGGCCUCCUCGUCUGCCUCCAGUCGGCUUAAUUUAAGAUCUGGUUUCUCCUGUGUUGUUUGUUCUGCCCUUCUGCUGGAAGCUGCUUGCCGUUGCCCAGAGAAGGGAGUUUGACCCAUGGCCAGGCUCAGAGCCUGGUGUCUUUGCCGGAGCUGCUGGGGCCAGUUUUGUGAACCGCGUGUGGGACCAGCAAAGGGGCAGAUGUCUGUCCUCCUGCCCUUUCUCUGACCUGUUGAAAGCAGCAUCUGCUCCAACCAAAAAAACCCCCAAACCCUGGCACUGCAGCAGUACAUCUCGUACAGCGCCGGUGUGGUCAUGCUGCGCUCUCCGGCUGGGCAUUUGGGCUCUUUCAGCAGCGCGGGUACCGGGCCGGCCAACCCUGGGAAGAGCCAGGGUCACUCCCUGCCAUCCUCAUGUGUUUUAAGCUUGUCCUCACAGAGGUGAAAUUAUGUCUCUCGCAUUUAGAAGUACUUUCGGGAUAGUACACACUGUGCUGUCUGCUCUUUUUUGGUAGUAGAUGAUGUGUUUCUGUUUAUAGUUUGUUUUAUUCCUUGUAUUGAGUCUCUGAUGCAGAUUGUUCAGGGCCAUUGAUCCAGUCUGGUUUUUGCUUUGUUCCUGCGGUUUUGCUCAGCAGUGCUACAGGAGGGACAUCAGGCACUGCUGCUCCACUGCUGCAUGCUAGGGUGGCCCUGAGGAAGGGGGCUUUAGGAAAUCCUUUCCCAAGUCUAGCUGAAGCUCAGGUACAUCAACCUCCAAUAAAGUGAGAAGUCUAAAGGCAGCAUCCUCCCCAGCAAGUUUUGUUCUAGGCAUCUGUCCAUCUUAUGUCCGCUCUGGAAGUGGUGCCUGUGAAGAAUGACGUCGAGAGGUGCCGGGACUGCUUUCUCAAGGAAGAACUAUAGGCUGAGCACCGAGCCAGAGAAGUCCAAGGUCACAGGGAUCGUGAACAGCAGGCUGCUGAAUGAUUAUCUCCAUCGCGUCUUUACCAAUGCUGAUGGGAACCAGCCUGCAGCUGCUUACAGAAAGCACCUGACGUUCCAGAACCUGCAGGAGCACCUUGACCGGUUGCUAGCAGAGGAGAAUGGCUCCGAAGACAGUCAAGAUCAGGUAGCAGAGGGUCGGCUUGGUCCCUCUGCUGUGGUGUUGGACCACACAAGCGGUUUUGAGGGGCUCCUGCUGGUCGAUGAUGACUUACUUGGGGUGAUUGGUCACAGUAACUUUGGAUCCAUCAGGGCCACGACGUGCGUGUAUAAAGGGAAAUGGAUUUACGAGGUGCUCAUCUCCUCCCAGGGACUCAUGCAGAUUGGCUGGUGUACUCUCAACUGCAGAUUUAAUCAGGAGGAAGGAGUUGGAGAUACACCAGAUUCGUAUGCGUAUGAUGGAAACAGGGUGCGCAAGUGGAACGUGACUACUACCAACUAUGGCAAAUCUUGGGCAGCAGGAGACAUCGUCAGCUGUCUGAUAGACCUUGAUGAGGGCACCAUUGCUUUCUGCCUGAAUGGCAUAUCUCUGGGAACCGCUUUUGAUAACAUCACAAGGGGCGCUGGAAUGGCUUACUUCCCUGCCAUCAGCCUCUCGUUCAAAGAGUCCGUUGCUUUUAACUUUGGGAGCCGUCCACUCCGUUAUCCAGUGGAAGGUUACCGCCCCUUGCAAGACCCUCCCGUUGCAGACCUAGUGAAGGCUCGCAAGCUGUUAGGCUACCUGAAGAAUGUGAUCCAUAUUGGAAUAGAUGUGACGGAGGGGAAGCUGGUGGAGAAGGACACGUCCAUGUGGCAGCUGCAGGGAGAACCCACAGUGUUGAUUACAUUAGCCCACAUCUUCAAUUAUUUCUCUCCUCUCAUGUGCAAGGUGUACCUGGUGGAAGAUGUGCUCAUGACCUUCCUGUUGAGCAUCCUUGAGCGAGGUGGAUCAGUGGAGGCCCAUCCCCUUAUUCAGCAGCUGCUGGAUCUCAUGUGGCUUCUUAUGGAGGAGUAUGAAGUGCAUGAGUGCCUCAAGCAGCUACUGAUGUCCCUGCUGCGGGCUUAUAGGUUCUCCCCCAUCAUCCCAGACCUGGGAUUACAAAUUCACUACCUCCGGCUCACCAUUGCAGUCUUGAAGCAUGAGAAAUCCAGGAAAUACCUACUCAGCAAUGUUCUCUUCGAUGUGCUCCGUUCGGUUGUGUUCUUCUACAUUAAGAGCCCGCUGCGUGUGGAGGAGGCUGGUUUGCAGGAACUCAUUCCCACCACGUGGUGGCCAAACCGCUUCACCAAGGAGGGUAAGGAGAGUAAGGAGGUGAAGGAGGAGGGUGCUGAGGAGAGACUGAGGCGACGGGCGUAUGAAAGAGGCUGCCAGCGGCUCAAGAAACGCAUUGAAGUGGUGGAAGGUCUCCAGGUUCAGAUUCUGAAGCUGCUGCUGAACAACAAGGACAGAGGAGGGGGGGAAGCCUCCAGAUACAUCUUCCUAAACAAAUUCCGCAAGUUUCUUCAGGAGAAUGCUAGCAACAGAGGGAACUUGACUGUGCUGUGCCCACCAGAGUACAUGGUGUGCUUCCUGCACCGGCUUAUUGCUGCCCUGCGUUUCUUCUGGGAUGGCCACAAGGCAAAGUCCCCUGCCGCACUGAGCAGUGAAGAGGCGUAUAUCCCUCCUCAACUCUUCUAUAAUGGGAAGGUGGAUUAUUUUGAUCUUCAGCGACUUGGAGGUCUCCUGUCUCAUCUCAAGAAGACUCUGAAAGAUGACCUGGCUGCAAAAGCCAAUGUCCUGAUCGACCCUGCAGAGCUGCAAGCAGUGACUAUGGACGAUCUCGAUGAAGAUGAGGAAUCAGCAACAUCGACAGCACAGUCUCAGCGUCCCUCAGCUGCCCUGGCCAUUGGUGGAGCUCUCGCUAGACCUGGCUGGCUCAGCUCCCCCACCCUGGGCCGUGCCAACCGCUUCCUCAGCACGGCAGCCGUCAGCCUGAUGAACCCGCGUCGGCCUCUUGGCAACCUGGAGAAGAUCAAAGUGCGCACGCUAAGUGUGGAGCAGCGGACAGAGGAGGACAUUGAAGGCAGCCAUGGAAAUGAGGGUCUCUUACUGGGCAGACCCCCAGAGGAGCCAGACCAGCCCAUCACAGAGAACUCCCUCCUGGAAGUCCUGGAUGGGAUAGUGAUGAUGUACAACCUCAGUGUCCACCAGCAGCUUGGGAAGAUGGUUGGUGUGUCAGAUGAUGUGAAUGAAUACGCAAUGGCACUGAAAGACACUGAGGAGAAAAUCAGCCGCUGCCCAAAGAGGAGGAGAGACAUCCACGAGGAACUGCUGAAGAGUCAAAAGGUCUUCUCCGAGAAGCUGAAUCACCUAAGCCGACGCCUCGCCUGGAUAAAUGUCACCAUUUAUUCAAAGGAGAAGAUGCAGGAUAUAUAUUGGCUGCUGCGAGUGUGCAUCCGCACCAUCGAGCAUGGUGACAGGACGGGCUCACUUUUUGCUUUCAUGCCAGAGUUCUACCUCAGCGUGGCUAUGAACAGCUACAGCGCACUCAAGAACUACUUCAGCCCUGUAAACAGCAUGGAGGAGCUUCCAGGCUACGAAGAGACCCUGAUGCGCCUCGCUGCCAUCCUGGCCAAGCAUUUUGCUGACUCGAGGAUUGUGGGCACAGACAUCCGGGACUCCCUGAUGCAGGCGUUGGCCAGCUACGUCUGCUACCCCCACUCGCUGCAUGCUGUAGAGAGGAUCCCAGAAGAGCAGCGGAUCUCCAUGAUGAAGAACCUCCUGGCUCCCUAUGAGCAGCGACCCUGGGCACAGACCAACUGGAUCCUCGUCAGGCUGUGGCGGGGCUGUGGCUUUGGGUACAGAUACACACGGCUCCCACACCUGCUGAAAACCAAACCUGAGGAUGCCAGCCUCCCCAGCCUGCAGAAGCCAUGUCCUUCCACCUUGCUGCAGCAGCACAUGGCUGUCCUGCUCCGCAGUGACCGCGACCUGGCCCCCAGCUUCCUCAACAGUGUCCUCAAUCAGCUGAACUGGGCUUUCUCCGAGUUCAUCGGCAUGAUUCAGGAGAUCCAGCAGGCAGCAGAGCGCUUGGAGAGGAACUUUGUGGACAGCCGCCAGCUGAAGGUGUGCGCCACCUGCUUUGACUUGUCGGUGAGCUUGCUCAGGGUGCUGGAAAUGACCGUCACGCUGGCGCCAGAGAUUUUUCUCGACUGGAAUCGCCCGUCAUCAGAGCUGCUGCUUCGGAGGCUUGCCCAGCUCUUGAACCAGGUGCUGAACCGUGUGACAGCUGAAAGGAACUUGUUUGACAGAGUGGUCAACCUCCGUUUGCCGGGGCUGGAGAGCGUGGACCAUUACCCAAUCCUUGUGGCCGUGACGGGGAUUCUGGUCCGGCUGCUUGUGGACACUGAUGUUCAGGGGGCCGAGCGUGCGACAGCGGUGCUGCUGGCAGACCCCUGCUUCCAGCUGCGCUCCAUCCAGUAUCUGCUGGGCCACGCCGAGCCCUCGGCCCUGGCGGCUGCCUCCCCGGCCACGGACAAGCGCCAUUUCUCCCUGCACACCUACACGGAGUACAUCAGUGCCGAGGAGCUGGCGAAGGUGGACAAGAUGCUGAGCCACUUAAGCGAGGAGUCCAAGCAGGCGGCUGCCACCACGCUGCCCACCAGCGAGGAAGACCUGUGCCCCAUCUGCUAUGCACACCCCAUCUCGGCCAUCUUCAGACCCUGCUCCCACAAGUCGUGCAAAGCCUGCAUCAACCAGCAUCUCAUGAACAACAAGGACUGCUUCUUCUGCAAGGCCACCAUCACGGGGGUGGACGACUUCACCAAGCCAGCCAGCUCAUAGCGCCUAGCCCCGCACCACAGGCUCCCCCAGCUGAGCCGGGUGGCCCCCCCCCCCGCCACACGCUGGCUUCUCCCCAAACGCUCGCCCUGCCCAAGGCCGUGGGGCUCUCUCCCACUGGGCCAGGAUCCAGCAUGGGGCCGCUGUGUGGGGCGGGGGCUGCAGGGAGGGCGAGGCCGGCGGCAGAGAGGCCCGAUGCCAGGCUCUGGGGCCAGCGUCCCCCUCGCCCAGUGCCUGGGCCAUGGAGCCCCUCCGCCCCGCGGGCCGUUCUCAGGGAGGGGAGCCCAAGGCCUCGGCUCUGCGGCAGCCCUGGAGACGUGCGGCAGCCCCGGCGACGUGCGGCAGCCCCGGCACUGGGGCAAGGGGGCUGGGCUGGGCGUUCGGGCUGUUAACUUGCCCCUGGCUGGGGGCUGACUCCAUGAAAUGCAGCAUUAAAUUAUUCUUCCUUA